CCACACCUCCAGCACAACCUAUCUCCCACGAAUCCGCGAAAGCGUCGCGCGUCAGAACUAGAGCCCUUACCUGGAUCUUCGAGCAGUAAUGCGAGCGCCUUCACGAACCCAGGCGGGCUGAUGUCGGCGCCUGGCGACCUGGACACGACAGGGCUAGGUAUACACACGCAGCAGACUCUGCCGAGCCCGCCGGUGAAGAAGGGUCGUACCAAUACGCCUUGGACACCGGCCGAGGAACAGAGACUCAAGACGCUCCGCGAUGCGGGGAGUAGUUGGAGUGAGAUCGCGAAGACGUUCCCGACGCGGACUGAGGGAAGCGUCAAGAAGCAUUGGUACAAAGACAUGCAUUAUGCAGAGUUCGCGGAAGACGAGAGCGCCGCACUGCUGCAAGCGAUUAAAGACUACGAGAAUAAUAAGUGGAAAGUCAUUGGGCAAAAGGUCGGGAAGCCGGCGAAGGCGUGUGAACAAUUUGCGAAAGAA